AUGGCUACGUCAUCUAGCGGCUCGUCAGAUAAGGAGAGAGGAGUCUUGAACGAAUCCAGGAGCAAAGCGUGUCAGGAUUUUGGAUCCUUAGCGACAACAUGCCUACCAGGCAACCAGGAACGCAUUAUGCUGGAAGUGCAGCGGGAAGCGGCACCGCGGACGGACAAGUGGCCACUGAUGGCGCAUGAGAAACUACAACUUGUGGAUACCAUGCGGACCAAAAAGGAAAUAUCCAUCAACUGGGAACACGGGGCCGAAGGUGCGCGUCUGGCUAAUGCAAAGUCAACUACCGGUCAUACCGGACAUAUUACUGCGUGGAUCAAUUCAUCCAUCGUGGCACGACCUCCAGAAUGGACCAGCACCCCUAUUGCAUCACUAUUUCCACCUGCACCUACGCUUACAGCCAGAUUCGUCCCUUUCUCGAUUCCCCACCUCCCGGUCCCCAAUUCGUUGCCUUUCGCACGCGCACAUGCACAUACCACGUACCGAAAGAGGCAAGAAGAAAAGAUUCAGGAGACGAGUGCACAGCAAGCUCAAUCUCAGUCUGUAACUCAGCCUGGGCAGCCGCCAGCUGGGGCAGGCGUCGCGUGGCGAGAAGCCGUCAUCGUUGUACAUGGAGCGUCUGGUCCACUGGGUGGACACGGAGAGCAGAAAAUUAGCAUUGACAGGAAUGCGAACAAGGCGAAAUCGAAGAACGAGGAGAAACGACGAAAGGCGAGGCGAAUGAGGAAGAAGAGGAGCAAGGCGAAGAAGGUGACUGCAGGCUUCAAAAGAGAGGAGAGGGCUCCAACCUUCCACCUUGACCCGGCGUUUACUCUUUGA